GAAUGAAGCUGCACAACAGAGAACUUCUCUGUGCACUCAACGCAUUCAGGAAGUGUAGCAGAUAGAGCAACAAACUUGUGAGCUAACAGAUUCAGAGCGAGACGUCUGCUCAACUCGGGCCACCUUCUCGCCGGCACAUUGUGCGUUGCAUAUAAGCCCCCUGAUUUUGGCAGGUUAAGAGAUCCUAGGCAGUGGCUGCAGGGCCAGUUCACCGGAACAAAUUGAACGCUCAUUGUCCGGCCGCUUCGAGACAACCCCGAGUGAGCAGCUCGGACUCAACAUCCAUUCCGAACCCAAACGUGCCCAUGGCACCAAGCGGAGAAGUCGACGUUCAGGGUGCUGCCACAAGGAGCGCGCUUCCCAGAGGCCAGCCUCGCGCUGAGGGACCAGCAUGUGUGUUGGGCGUCGGCACUGCGGUGCCUCCCGCGGAGUUCCUGCAGAGCGAGUACCCCGACUUCUUCUUCAACAUCACCAACUGCGGCGAGAAGGACGCCCUGAAGGCCAAAUUCAAGCGCAUCUGUGACAAGUCGGGGAUCCGCAAGCGCCACAUGUUCCUCACGGAGGAGGUGCUCAAGGCUAACCCCGGCAUCUGCACGUACAUGGAGCCCUCCCUGAACGUCCGCCACGACAUCGUCGUCGUCCAGGUCCCCAAGCUCGCCGCGGAGGCAGCCCAGAGGGCCAUCAAGGAGUGGGGCGGCCGCAAGUCUGACAUCACCCACAUCGUGUUCGCCACCACCAGCGGCGUGAACAUGCCCGGAGCCGACCACGCCCUGGCCAAGCUGCUGGGCCUGAAGCCCACGGUGAAGCGGGUCAUGAUGUACCAGACCGGGUGCUUUGGCGGUGCUUCCGUGCUCAGGGUGGCCAAGGAUCUGGCGGAGAACAACAAGGGCGCCAGGGUGUUGGCGGUGGCCAGCGAGGUCACGGCCGUCACAUACCGCGCACCCAGCGAGAACCACUUGGACGGCUUGGUGGGCUCGGCCCUGUUCGGCGAUGGCGCCGGAGUGUACGUGGUGGGAUCCGAUCCCAAGCCGGAGGUGGAGAAAGCACUGUUCGAGGUGCACUGGGCGGGCGAGACGAUCUUGCCAGAGAGUGAUGGAGCCAUUGAUGGGCAUCUGACGGAGGCGGGGCUCAUCUUCCACCUCAUGAAGGACGUGCCAGGGCUGAUCUCCAAGAACAUCGAGAAGUUCUUGAACGAGGCCAGGAAGUGCGUCGGUUCGCCCGAUUGGAACGAGAUGUUCUGGGCGGUGCACCCGGGAGGCCCGGCCAUUCUGGACCAGGUGGAGGCGAAGCUGAAGCUGACCAAGGACAAGAUGCAGGGGAGCAGGGACAUACUGUCGGAGUACGGCAACAUGUCGUCGGCGUCGGUGUUGUUCGUGCUGGAUCAGAUUCGCCAGAGGUCGGUCAAGAUGGGGGCGUCGACGCUGGGAGAGGGCAGCGAGUUUGGCUUCUUCAUUGGAUUCGGUCCGGGGCUCACCCUGGAAGUGCUGGUCCUCCGGGCCGCGGCCACCGUUUGAGUUGUAGCAACGGGCACGGGCAAAUCAAUAUCGUCUCCCUGGUUUUCCUUUUGCGCGCUGGAGUGGAGAUCGUAUGAGUGAGCGAAUUAUGAUGAUUCAUGGGUCAGAGAGCAUCCAGGUUGUGGCACCAGAGGGUUUUACAUUCAGGUCUGCAGCAAAUGGACUUUCGAUGAAAUUUGGUCAGUUGGAUCAGCGCGCUACCGCCUCCGUCCACCAGGGGUUCUGCAGCGGCGACGGCGACAGAGGAGGUCGCAUGGACAGUUGCAAGUUGCUGAGACGUUGGAGCGGGCACAAAUGUCCAAGGCAGGGAUCAUGUUGGAGGGGUGAAAGGACUUGAAGUGUUCUGAGUUGCCUUUCGAAGGAGGGCAGGAAUUAUUUACGUAAUCUGCAGCCAUGCUUAGUCACAUGGUUUGAGAAAUUGUAGGAACUGUGCGAUUCUUGUUGAUAUGAGGCACAAUUUAUGAGCAUUUUGCAAGUUGAAUGUGUGGCGACAUUUUGCCCCACCCGAAGUGUGGUUUUAGUUAAAAAGCAUUUGAUGCAGAGAUCACUUUAUUUGGUUCCUCAAAGAACAAAAAUAAACAAAUUGGUAACUUGCAAAAGUAACUAGUUCACUUUUUGAGAA